UCUCUCUCCUCCAUGUCUAAAAUGUUUAGCAGAAUUGCCAUGAACAGAUCUAUUGUUCUUCUUCUAUUUUCCUUAACAUUCUUAGAACAUGGAAUGUUGUUUCAAAGGGUCUCCUCUCUUGGCAUAAACUACGGUCAAGUCGGCGACAAUCUUCCUCCACCGGACAAAGUUCUACAACUCUUGAGCUCACUCCAUAUCAACAAGACAAGAAUCUACGACACAAACCCUCAAGUCUUAACCUCAUUCGCCAAUUCCAACAUCGAGCUCUUCGUCACCGUCGAAAACGAAAUGCUUCCCAGCUUAGUCGACCCUCAACAAGCACUCCAAUGGGUCACUACUCGUAUCAAACCCUACUUUCCCGCCACCAAGAUAGGCGGUAUUGCUGUCGGCAACGAACUAUAUACCGACGACGACUCAAGCCUCAUAGGAUAUCUUGUGCCUGCAAUGAUGAGUAUUCAUGGUGCUUUGGUUCAAACCGGUUUAGACAAGUACAUUCAAGUAUCGACUCCGAAUUCGCUAUCAGUCCUUCAAGAAUCUUACCCUCCCUCCGCCGGAUGUUUCAGGCCGCAAGUCGCCAGCGUAAUGACGCAGCUUCUAAGUUUCUUGCGUUCCACGAAAUCCCCGUUUUGGAUCAACGCUUACCCUUACUUCGCUUACAAGGAUUCCCCAGCAAAGAUCCCAUUAGACUACGUCCUGUUCAACCCUAACCCUGGAAUGGUUGACCCCUACACCAAGUACCACUACGACAACAUGCUCUACGCUCAAGUAGACGCCGUGAUCUUUGCAAUGGCGAGGCUUGGCUUUAAAGAUAUUGAGGUUGGGGUCUCGGAGACCGGUUGGCCAUCUAAAGGUGACGGAGAUGAGGUUGGAGCCACCGUGGCCAACGCGGCAGUUUAUAACAAGAAUCUUCUAAGGAGACAACUUCAAGGUGAAGGAACGCCAUUGAGACCAAACAUGAGGCUUGAUGUUUAUCUUUUUGCUCUCUUUAAUGAAGACCUUAAACCUGGACCAACCUCUGAGAGAAACUAUGGAUUGUAUCAGCCUGAUGAGACUAUGGCUUACAAUGUAGGUUUAUUAUCCUCAUCAUCACCAUCAUCAACAUCAUCAACAUCAUCACAAUCAACUACUUCUUCAACUAAUUCUGUUAUUUCACUCACUUCCUCUGCCUCCACGGCUAUAAAGAAAGGAAAGGAAAGGUUUAUAUGUUGGACAUGCGUUUAUUUGCUGGCCAUUCAUAUGAUAAUUAGAAGACCGUACUAG